AUGUCAACAAAAGCCGAUCAAGUCAUAACAUUAGCUCAAGUACUGUCAUUAUUAGAUAAUUCAGAAUCGAAAAAAUCUAUAGUUUGGAAAGAGUUUGGUAAUUAUUUAGAUAAAAGUGUUGAAAUUGAAGAACCCGACCCAUCAACAUUUAUCAGAUCCGGAAAUCCUCCUUCAUUAAAUUCACAAUUUACAAAAUAUAUUUCCGACAGUUAUCCGGAAAAAUCCUAUUUAUCACAAAAUAUCGCUUAUAAGAUUUGUAAUUCUUGUCAACGUCCUAUUGGAACAAAAAGUUUAUCACUGCAUUAUACAAAGUGUGUUGCCAUGAAACAAAAAAGACAACAAGAACAACAAGAAAAUGCUGCUUUAUCGAAUAACAACAACAACAAUACUAAUAAUUCACAAAAGAAGAAAAGAGGUAGGGGAAGUGCAUUAGCUGAUGUUGAUGCAUCUUCAGUAGAUAGCUCAAGGAAUGCUACUCCAGCACCUAAUGGCAAUGGUAAUGGUAUUGGUGCUGGUGCUGGGAAUGAUAACAGUGGUAAGCCAGCUACUAAACCUAAGAAGAAAUAUAAGAAAUCACAAGCUCAAAAGGAAAAAGAAGCUGCCGCCGCCGCCGCGGCUGCUGCUGCUGCUUCAUCUGGAGAAAAACCACCAAAGAAAAAGAAAGCUGCAGCAUCUUCUUCUUCUGGUACUACUACUACUACUACUGCUGGAGUCAACACCCAACCACAAUCAGCACCAAAACCUAAACCAGUGGCAAAACCAAAAGGUCCUGUUGAUGUGGAAAAACAAUGUGGUGUGGCAUUACCUUCUGGAGGACUUUGUGCUCGGUCAUUAACAUGUAAGACCCAUUCAAUGGGAGCAAAACGUGCUGUCCCCGGUAGAAGUGCACCUUAUGAUGUAUUAUUACAACAAUAUCAUAAACGAAAUCAAGCCAAUAUAGCAAAAAGUCAUGCUAUGAUGUUACAACGUCGAGAAAAUGCUGCAUUUAAUGAUCAACUGGAAUCUGGAGCGAAUGCUACUAAAGUAUUACAUCCUGAUGAAGAAACCGAAUAUGUCUUAGCUGGUGUUUCCAAAAAUAGUACUAUCCCGUUAGAGAGGAAAGUAAUAAUGCCAGUUAGAUAUCGUCAUAGAUUUCUUCGAGCUCGUGAAUUUUAUGCCAAUGCAUUAAUUAUUUCUGCUCAUCAUAAUAAUAAUAAUAAUAAUAAUCAAUCGCAAAAUCAAUCGCAGAAUCAAUCGCAGAAUCAAUCGCCAAAUAAUAGUAAUAAUGAACAACAAACGUUAGCAAAUCAAGCCAUAUCAGGGUCAAUUGGUGGAUUACAAGGUAGAUGUGCUUUAAUUAAUAUUGAUGCCAAACCAACGGAUAUUAAUUCACCUACUCAAACAUUUAGUGCUAUACCGGGUGAAAUGUAUCAAGUAAGAGCACCAUCGAAAACAAUUGUCAUGACGGCACAACAUAAUAAUAUGCAACAACAAGCUUUCCAACAACAAUUGAUGAAAUAUCAACAACAACAGCAACAACAGCAACAACAAAUGUUAUGGCGACAAAGACAACAACAACAACAAAAACAACAACAACAACAACAACAACAACAAAUAUCUACAUCUGGGCAACAUGUAACAAAUCCUACAGAAAUUAAAAAAGAAACUUAG